UUGAGACCAACCUGUACAGCUGCUUAUAUUUUCGAUUUAUUUUGUGAACAGCCCGACGUUUUUUAAAAAACAAGCCCAAAUUUUCAUUUAUUAAUGUCCGUUUUACACAAAAUGCGCAUUCUUUUGUGUAGGGACUUUGUAUUUUUUUACCACCCUCAAAAACGAAAAGUUCCUUAACAUUUUGAGGUUAUGUCCGAAAUCUCCCAAACAAAAUCUUCAAAUUUUGAUAAUUUGAAAAUUAAGUAGGAAGAAAGGACUAGCUUAAUAGUAAUAAAGGUUACGUAAUUAGUUUAGGUGUACCAAAAUGUCAGGUGUUGAAUACCUCAAGAAGUUCGAUGGCUUCAACUGUGAACACGCAACAAUUAAGUCAUUUGACUGCACGUAUUGCCCUUUUCAAACAGAAUUAACACUUAUUUUGAGACAACACAUCGAAAAGUGUCACCACUUUAAAAGAGAAAAUGGGGAUUUAUCAGUCCAGGGAAGGAACGUGAAAAGCUACGUGUGUGAAAAGUGCGGUUUUGAGACACACUUUUCACUGAAAUGGCUUCAACAUACCACAACGUGUUCAAAAAAUGAAUCAAAACACGAAAUUAUGAGCACUGGGAUGAAAUUCAAAUACGACUAUUUAUUGAAGAUACACGAAAUUGCGAAACACAUGAAUGACGAAGUAAUGCCAUUUCAGUGUGAGAAGUGCCAAUAUAAAACGAAGCAAAAGCAAUAUUUAAAGGACCACAUAAAAAAUAAACACAUGGAUACACACAGUAUUAAGUGGUACAAGUGUGCAAAGUGCCCAUACAAAUCUAAACAGAAUUCUAAUUUAAGAACUCACGUAAAAAUACACCACUUGGAAGAAAAGGACAUUCAGUGGCACAAGUGUAAAAAUUGCCCUUUUAAAACCAAGUACACAACAUCUUUAAGUAGGCACGUGAUUAUACACCAUGUGGAUGACCAAAACACUAAGUGGUAUGAAUGCAAAAAGUGUCCAUAUAAAGCUAAAGAAAAACGGAAUUUAAAACGGCACAUAUUUACGUUGCAUUUGGACGAAAAUGACAUUGAGUGGUACGAAUGUAAGCAAUGCCCAUACAAAGCUAAAGAAAAAAGAUAUUUAAAGCAGCAUGUAAGAAACGUUCAUUUGGACGACGACAAUAUUAAAUGGUAUGAAUGCAAAGAGUGUCCAUACAAGGGGAAACAAAAGUCGCAUUUAAAGAGCCAUGUGAGGACGCACCAUUCAGAGAAAGAGUAUAUCAAAAAAAUUCUGAUGUAAGAUA